UCGGGGUCGGGCGCGCGCGGGUCCGGCGCACUGUAGUCGGAGCGCGCAGCCCGCCCGGGCAAGUUCUGCUGCAGGCGGAGUAUUGAACACUAAGUAAUGGCUAUGCAGACAGAUACAGCUUGAAGCAAAUGCAGAUACUCCAGUGGAAGAAGCGAGCUUUGGCCCACAACCUAUUUCUCGAUUAGAGCAAUGUGGCAUACAUGCCAAUGAUGUGAAGAAAUGGGAAGAAGCUGGAUUCCAUACUGUGGAGGCUGUUGCCUAUGCAUCAAAGAAGGAGCUAAUAAAUAUUAAGGGGAUUAGUGAAGCCAAAGCUGAUAAAAUUCUGACCGAGGCAGCUAAAUUAGUUCCAAUGGGUUUCACCACGGCAACUGAGUUCCACCAAAGGCGGUCUGAGAUCAUACAGAUUACUACCGGCUCCAAAGAGCUUGACAAACUACUUCAAGGAGGAAUUGAGACUGGAUCCAUCACAGAGAUGUUUGGAGAAUUCCGAACUGGGAAGACCCAGAUCUGUCAUACGUUGGCUGUAACAUGCCAGCUUCCCACUGACCGAGGUGGAGGUGAAGGAAAGGCCAUGUGCAUUGACACCGAGGGUACCUUUAGGCCAGAACGGCUGCUAGCAGUGGCUGAGAGAUAUGGCCUCUCUGGCAGUGAUGUCCUGGAUAAUGUAGCAUAUGCUUGAGGGUUCAACACAGACCACCAGACCCAGCUCCUUUAUCAAGCAUCAGCCAUGAUGGUAGAAUCCAGGUAUGCACUAAUUGUAGACAGUGCCACCGCCCUCUACAGAACAGACUAUUCGGGUCGAGGUGAGCUUUCAGCCAGGCAGAUGAACUUGGCCAGGUUUCUGCGGAUGCUUCUGCGACUUGCUGAUGAGUUUGGAGUAGCAGUGGUCAUCACCAACCAGGUGGUAGCCCAAGUGGAUGGAGCAGCCAUGUUUGCUGCAGAUCCUAAAAAACCUAUUGGAGGAAAUAUCAUUGCUCAUGCCUCAACAACAAGACUGUACCUGAGAAAAGGAAGAGGGGAAAUCAGAAUCUUCAAAAUCUAUGACUCUCCUUGUCUUCUUGAAGCUGAAGCUAUGUUUGCCAUCAGUGCAGAUGGAGUAGGAGAUGCCAAGGACUGAAUCAUUGGUUUUUUUUCCUGUGAUAAACCUUAAGUGCUGCAGCCUAAUGGAGAGGACUGCUCCC